AGAGUGAACGAAAUUAUUUAAUAAACAAGUGUUCGCGAGUACCGGGUAAAAUUUUAAUCAUAACUUCGUUCAUCGAUGAAAUUUCUUAGCUCAAAUCGCCGAUAUAAUGAAGAAUUUAUGCGAUUCUCCUUUCUGGGACACAAACAUCACUUGGCACAGCAGCAAUCCUGAUUUCACCGAAUGUUUCAAGAAGACUGCUCUACAAUGGAUACCAUGCGCUUUCCUAUGGAUAUUUUUACCAUUGGAGUUGUACAAUUUGAAAACAAGCAAAACACCAAACAUUCCAUACAACAAAUUGAACCUAACGAAAUUGAUAGCAAUAAUAUGUACCAUCGGAACAAGUAUCGUGGAGUUGGGUAAUAAUGUGUGGAUACACAACAUCGAAGAGCUAGCAGAUAUUAUUACUCCAAUGAUAAAAAUUUGCUCGUUCACCUUAUUUCUGCUACUGACAUUGGGAAAGAUCAAAGUGGGGAUUAGAACAUCAGGAGUUUCAUUUUUCUUUUCUCUUUUGUCAGUCGUUUGUGCAAUACCAGCAGUACGAGAUAUCUUCCAAAUUAAUUCGGAAAAGAUGGAUACGAAAAUAACGCUGGAUUGCUAUUUAUUCGCUGUAUACUACAUAUCGACUAUUAUAAUAUUCGUAUUGAAUUGUUUCGCGGAUCGCAAACCUUCGUAUUCAUUAGCUGAUAAAAAAAAACAAUGCCCGUCGCACGAUUCGUCAUUUUUAUCCAAUUUAUAUUUCCACUGGUUCACCCAAUUCGUAUGGAUAGGAUAUAAAAAUCCAUUGAAAGAUAUUCUUUGGAAUGUCGAUUACGAAGAUACAGCUGAGGGGAUUUUACAUAAAUUUGACAAGAUUUGGAACGAUGCUACCAGCACCAAAAAGCAAAAGAAAGUAAACGAAAAUGAAGGAAUUUCUUUAGAGGAAUCUGAUUCGUGUGAGAAGAAAACUGAUCAUUCGGUUGUCGGUCCGAUUAUCAAAUUGGUUUGGUUUCAAUUAUUGCAAACCAUGUUCUGGAGAGCUCUAGAUAUCUGCAUGACUUUAAGCUCACCGUUGAUCUUCAGCCUGUUGAUAUCAACCAUUAGAAAAGAAAAAGAUCAUAUUUGGAAAGCAUAUCUAUGCGUUUUUUUGUACUUCAUCAGUCCUCUAAUAGUAGUAGUAAUUUCGAGGAAGUAUUUUGAAACGGUUUUGAAAGUACAAAUACGUACUAGAAACGUCAUAAUGUCUCUGGUAUAUAAAAAGACGUUGAAAUUAUCCAAUGAAGCUAGGAAACAAUACAGCGGAGGUGAUAUAGUUAAUUUCAUGUCCGUUGACGUCACUCGAAUAUGCGAAUUCAUCAAACAACUCAAUCAUACUUGGUCAGCACCAACACAGAUCAUAAUAACUCUCUUCAUCUUGUGGGGUUACUUUGGAACCAGUAUAAUUGCGAGUAUUAUUACAAUAGGAGUGAUAUUGAUGACGAAUAGUUACAUAGUAAGGCUUUCAAAAAAGUUACGUAUCCAAGAAAUGCACGCAAAAGACAAACGUUCUCAAUUUCUUCAAGAAAUUUUAUCUGGUAUCAAAGUGUUGAAAAUGUACGCGUGGGAAUCAAGUUUCGAGAAAAUUGCCAACAAAAUGCGACACGUAGAGAUGCAAUAUUUGAGGAAACUCGCUAUCUACCAAGUGAUCAUGGCCUUAUUUUUCAGCAGCACUCCUUUCGUGCUACCUUUGAUUACGAUCGCAACUUACAUUUUAAGCAACUCGAGUAAUGUUUUGGAUGUUGAAAAAGCCUUCAUAUGCAUUUCAUUUUUUAAUACGUUUCGAAUGCCAAUGUAUCAUAUGCCUAAUUUAUACAACAUGGCUUUACAGGCUUUUGUUUCCAUUAAAAGAAUAAAUAAGUUCUUGAAUUUGGAAGAAAUCGACCCAAACGAAGUAACUCACGAAAAAGGAGAAGAAGCAUUGGUGAUUGAAAAUGGAGAAUUCGCGUGGGAAAAGAAUCAAAAAACGCCAACGCUGAAAAAUAUCAAUUUACGGAUUAAACAAGGAAGUUUGGUAGCCAUCGUUGGACAAGUUGGAUCUGGGAAAAGUUCGCUGAUAUCCGCGUUUUUGGGAGAGCUGCCUAAAAAAUCCGGACGUGUGAAUGUAAACGGUAGCACAGCCUACGUACCCCAACAAGCUUGGAUAUUGAAUACAACAGUAAAAGAAAACAUCACCAUGGGCGAAAUCGUGGACAACAAAUUAUACACGAAAGCAUUACAAGCUUGUGCUUUGAAAUCGGAUCUUCAAAUAAUGCACGAUGAUGACCAAACUGAAAUUGGAGAAAAGGGCAUUAAUCUGAGCGGAGGUCAAAAGCAGAGAAUUAGUUUGGCUCGAGCAGUUUGCAGCAACAAAGACAUAUAUUUUUUCGACGACCCUCUCAGUGCUGUAGAUUACACCGUUGCUGAACAUAUCUUUCAGUAUGUCCUUGGUCCGCAGAGCAUUUUAAAUAAUAAGACUCGUAUCUUAGUAACCCACAGUACAGAUUUUCUACACAAAAUGGAUUUCAUUGUAGUUAUGAAAAAUGGAAGCAUAACGGAAAAGGGCACUUAUGAGGAGAUCAUGCGAGAUAACGGAAAGUUUGCCGAAUUUCUCAAAUGCUACGGUAAAGAAACGGAUAAAAAAAACACCAAUAUUGAAGAUGAACUCGAUAGAGACAUAAAUAAUCCCGUUUUGAGGAAGCAGAUUUCUGAAGCAAAAAUCGAUUUGAAAAAUUCAAUCAUCGAUUCAAAAAAUUCAAUUAAUAAUCUCUUUAAGAGUAAAGAAAACGAUUUAAACCUACGUUACAAUUACGAACCGAAAAAACUCAUUCAAAAGGAGCACGUGGAAGUUGGAAAUAUUAAAUUCGACGUUUACAAGUAUUACUUCACAAUAGCAGGACCAUUUUUCGUAUACAGUACUUUCUGCUUGUACUUAGCUUUCCAAACUUUUUCGGUUUUAUCAAACUUGUGGUUAGCAAGCUGGUCAAAUAAAGAGGAGGAAGAGGAGGCCAUUUCUAAAGCUGAUACAAGUCAGCUAAAAAAAGAUAACCCGUUGAAUUUGAGCGUUUUUCUAAUUUUGGGGAUUUGUCAAGUACUGUCAAUCGUAUUGGCGAAUAUAUCGAUGCAGAAAUUCCUGCUCAAAUCAUCUGUAACAAUUUACAAUAAUUUGCUAGAGAAUGUUCUUCGAUGGCCAAUGUCGAUCUUCGAUAGCACACCGGUGGGACGUAUCAUUAAUCGAUUUACUGUCGAUAUGGAUGCCAUUGAUAAUAACCUUGCAGGAAAGCUCGCUAUGCUCUCACUGUUUUGCAGCAGGUUGAUUGCGGUAUCGCUAGUUAUUAUGAGCCAUACGCCAAUAUGCUCGAUAUUUCUCAUACCUGCUGUAUUUUUGAUAUUCGUGAUUCAGAAAUUUUACAUGGUGAUAUCUCAUCAGUUGAAGAGGAUUGAUUCCAUUUACAGAUCACCUCUGUAUUCUCACUUUGUUGAAACAAUGUCAGGUUUGGAAUCAAUAAGAGCGUACAAUUUUCAAGAGAAAUUUAUCAAAAAUACGUACCAUAAAUAUGACCUAUGUUCUGCGACUGUGUAUUCCAUUUUUGUUUGUUCGAGGUGGUUAAAUACACGUUUGGAAAUUCUCGUAGGAAUCAUCAUUGCUUUGACAUCAUUUUUUGUGAUAUCCGGACGAGACAUGUUCAAUGAAGGCGUAUUGGCUUUUAUAAUCACUUACACGAUACAGAUAUCAAAAGAAGUGAAUUUGAUGAUAACAAAUCUAACAGAGGUUGAAAACGUGAUCGUAUCCGUCGAAAGAAUCAAAGAAUUCAUCGAUAAUCCCCGAGAACCUGAUCAACGCUCAGAAAUUCCACCAGAUUGGCCGGCGAAAGGUGAAAUUAAAUUUGAAAGUUAUAAAUUGCGGUAUAGACCUGGCUUAAACUUGGUUUUGAGAGAUGUUAAUUUUCAUAUCCGAAGUAAAGAAAAGGUGGGUAUAAUUGGAAGAACAGGGGCUGGAAAGACAUCGAUAAUAUCAGCUAUUUUUAGAAUCGUAGAACGCACCUCUGGAAAAAUUUAUAUCGAUGGAAUAGAUAUAUCUACACUAAACUUACGCAAAUUACGAUCAAAGUUGACGGUUAUACCUCAGGAUCCUGUGUUAUUUGCGGGGACUUUACGUUUCAAUCUCGAUCCUUUUCAAGCUUAUCAUGACAGCACUUUAUGGGAUGUUUUAGAAAAAGCGCAUUUGAAAGAUUUUGUACGAAAUUUGCCAGACCGUUUGGAAUAUCAAAUUAAAGAAGGUGGAGGAAAUUUGAGCUUCGGGCAAAAACAGCUCAUAUGCUUAGCCAGAGCGCUAUUACGUAAAACGAAAAUAUUAAUAUUGGACGAAGCGACGGCUUCUGUUGAUCUAGAGACCGACGAACUGAUUCAAAAAACAAUUCGUAAAGAAUUUUACCAAUGUACUGUUAUUACCAUAGCUCAUCGAUUGAAUACCGUUCAGGAUUACGAUAAGAUACUUGUAAUGGAAAAUGGCACCGUCAAAGAAUUCGAUACUGUGGAAAAUUUACUCAACAGAAAGGAUUCGAUAUUUUACAAGCUUGCUUUGGAUUCCGGAAUACUACCAAAUGAGAUCAGAAACACGAAAAAAGAUUCGUGAAAGCGUUUUGCGUUUAGUAUUUGUCUACUUAUUUUAAAAAUAAUUUUUUCGUCUGUGAUUUUUCGAUUUACCAAUUCAUGUUCCUGUAAUUUCAAUUUUUCGAUACUUAAUUUUGAUAUAGAAAUUAAUGUUUUGUACAAAUAAAGUUGAUAUUUUACCUA